CGGUGAUAUAUUAUGCACAGAGAAUAUUUACACAUCGGGAAAGUGAAACAAAGUAAAUAUAACGUCGUAGAAAAUUUAAUUCCUACUAGCAACAAAUAUUAUAAAUUAAUGAUUGCAUAUAUGGAUGGACACACGCACAAGAAACGACGACCAAAAAAUAAUGCCUAGCCUGCAAUCCAAAUUCUAUCACAAAAUCAUAAUAAAGAAGAAAAAAGAUCUGGGAAGAUGUGGUACCUGUUGAUUACUGUUAUAGCUUUAUGUCAUGGUUAUCCUUAUAAUGACCAUCAUGAAUUUUCAUGCAAAGAAAACACAGAACAUGCUAAAGUUGGACCUCAGGGAUCGAAGUCUCCGUAUGUUUUAUCAAUUGAGAAAGGAAAUACUCAUGUUUUAUUAGUGACGAUACAUUCACUGACAGAUCUUCCCUUUAAAUGGUUUACUAUACAAUCCAGUUCGAUGUCUAAUUUACAUUCCCACUUUACUUUUGUUGGUGAUAGUGGAGCGCUGCAUAAAAAUUGCAAAGAGGGAAAAGCAGAAUACAAAAGAACUCUUCAUUGGACAACACAAGAUGAAAUGAAGGAAGAUAUCAAAUUUACGGCAUCUGUGUGGUAUAAUUCUACAACUUAUUGGUCUGACAUCAACACUGUAUUCCAGUCUCAAGCUGUACUUCCACCCAAUCCUUCAUGUGGAAAAACAAUUCGAUGUUUAUCCAACUGUUCAGCAGAUGAUUGUGACUACAUUGUCGGCUGGUUACAACAAGACAAUGAAACAGUAACCAUCAAAAUACAAACCAAGGUCACACCAGGAACAAUUAGCAAUUCAUAUGCAGCACUUGGUCUGUCAACAAAUCAGUCAAUGCCUGGGUCCAGUAUAAUAAUGUGCUUGAAUACAAAUGGGAAGAUGUCAGCUGAAUUAGGAUACACAAACGGUCAUAAAUACUCAAAAAUAAGUGAUACAAAAGGAAUGCUUCAGUAUGUGUCUGGAGAAACAAAUGGAGAUAUCUUUCAGUGUGAAAUAAAGAGAAACAUUGUAUCCACAGAUGACAUGAUAUUUGAUCUCAGGAAAAAUUGGUACCUACUGUUUGCUCAUGGAAAUGUCAGUAAUGGUAUUCCAGUUCACCAUGAUUUUAGAACAGCAAGCAACACUACAGUUGAAUUUAUUGGACCAUUUGAGGUCAGGGAUUUCAUUAAACCAGAUCCAUGGUGUGGUAAAGCCAAGGGCUGCUUUAUGAAUUGCACAGACACAGAAUGUGAUUACAUCAUCAGCUGGACUCAUGAUUCACAAACUAUAACAUAUGAUAUACAAACCAAAGUAAAGACGGGUACUUCUUUCAAUUCAUGGGCUGCCAUUGGGUUAUCAACAAAUCAAGAAAUGGACGGAAGUAGUAUUAUGAUGUGUAUGUCAGACUUUGGAUUAAUGAGAACAGAACUUGGAUUUACAGCUGGUCAUACCUAUUCUAAAAUUGAUGAUGUGAAAUAUUCUCUAACUUUUCUCAAUGGAAGUACUGAUGGAAAUAUUUUCCGAUGCAGAAUGAAGAGAGACAUUCCAUCAACUAAUGAGAAAAUCUUUGAUUUAAGGGAUAAUUGGUAUCUUCUUUUUGCCCAUGGAUCCCUGAGUAAAGGUUUUCCCCAACAUCAUGAGUAUAAGACUACAACAAUGAGACCAAUGAACUUUCUUGCACCACUUUCAGGAAACCACUUCACAUCUAAACAGUAUUCAACAGAUAUGAUUCCACCAGAUCCUGCAUGUGGUAAGACAAAGGGUUGUCUAACCAACUGUACAAACACAGAUUGUCAAUAUAUUGUCAGCUGGACACGUGAUCAAGAAACUGUCACUUUUGAAAUGCAGAGUAAAGUAGAACCAGGAACUAUAAUGAACUCCUAUGCUGCUAUUGGACUAUCAUCAAAUCAAUCAAUGGCAGGUUCUAGUAUAAUGAUGUGUUUAGUUAAUGGAGGAAAGAUGUCAGCUGAGUAUGGAUAUACAACUGGUCACUCAUAUGCAAAACUUGAUGAUAUACAGCAUACACCAACUUUGAUAAAUGGUAGCACUGAUGGUAAUAUAUUCCGUUGCACAAUACAGAGAGACAUAAAUUUAUCAACAGAUAAAAUAUUUAGUCUUAGGAAUGAAUGGUUCCUUUUAUUUGCCCAGGGUAAUGUAACCAAAGGAAUUCCACUACAUCAUACAAACAGAACAGCCAGUAAUUCUAGGAUUGACUUCCUUGCUAGCUUCAGAACGGCGUCAUACGAAACCAGGAAUGAUGAGAAAGUUCUGUUUACAUCUUUGUAUGAUGUGAACGUUCCAGUUGAACCAGAUCAGGUUUUCAGAGAUUUAAUGUCAGAUAGUCUGUGUUCAACAUCUAAGAAUUGUUUCACCAACUGUAAGGGUGCUGGGUGUUCAUAUGUAGUAACCUGGUUAGCAGAUGGUGCAGACAUGGUGUUCAACAUAACUGCAAAAGUAGAAUCUGGAACAGGAAACAUGGCAUGGAUUGGCAUUGGUUUUUCCUCUAAUGGAAAAAUGAUUGGUUCAAGUUUUUUGAUGUGCUUGAACAUAAAUGGUAAUUUUAAAGGUGAAUACGGAAAUUCACCACAACAAUAUGAAGAUUAUGCUCCUUUGAAAAAUAUUUCUCUUCCAAUUAUUGAGAGCUCUGCUGAUGGAGAUGUCCUUUAUUGUUCUGUGCGAAGACCAAUCACAUCUCAUAACAACAACAUUUUUGAUUUAACAAAACCAUGGUAUUUGCUUAUUGCCCAUGGAUCUAUUCGAAAUAGACGAGGACUCCAAAUAAAGCCUACUAUGCACACAUUUAGAGAUCUAAGUAACAACAGUGUAACUUUUCUCACAGUUCAAAAAAAUAAAAAUAUACCUGUGAAAAUAAAUCCUGACAGUGAAUGUGGUCUAUCAAAAAGCUGUUUUCAUGAUUGCAAUGCAACAGAUUGCCAUUACUUAGUUAGCUGGACCAGUGAUUUGAAUGAUAUGACAUUUAACAUAACAGCAAGGGUUACAGGAGUUCAGGCAUAUGAGAGUUGGGUAGCAUUGGGAUUUUCACCUGAUGGUGCUAUGCCCAAUUCAAGUUUUAUAAUGUGCAAGAAUGGGAAAGGAACAUUUUAUGGACAGUAUGGAUAUUCCUCACAGUAUACACAGUUUUUUGGUAUAGACAAUGUUACUUUACAAAUUUCUGACAGCUCAGUAAAUGGUGAUAUUGUUCAGUGUACAAUGAAAAGACCAUUAAUAUUUAACUCAGAUAAAAUCUUUAAUUUAACUGAAGAGUGGCAUAUCUUGUUUUCCUAUGGUGAUGUAACACUUAACCCUAAUGGUGAACCAACAGCUAAUUAUCAUAAAUUUAGGAUUGGUAGUACCUUUUUGACAGAUUUUCAGAAGAUAUCAAACAUACCAACCACAAUGGCACCUUCAACAGACACUACAGCAGCAAAUUCUCCAGAUAAGAUAACACUUGAUCCAGAGUGUGGUAAAACUAAAGGAUGUUUCCCAACAUGUUCUGGUUCAUCAUGUUCAUCACUGGUCACAUGGCAAAAAAAUGGAGAUUACAUUCUAUUUGAGAUAGCAGAAGAAAUUUCAUUGACCAUCGACAACAGAUGGAUAGCUAUAGGAUUUUCUGGAAAUCAGCUAAUGGGAAAUACAAGUGUUAUAAUGUGUCAGCAUAAGAAUGGUAAUGUUUCCUUUGAUCUUGGAUAUAAUAAUGGUUAUAGCUUUCAAACAUUGGCUGAGAAUAUGUCAUCAAAAAUGAUCAGUAAUGCAUCCCUCACUGUUUCUGGGAAAGUUAUGAGAUGUACUCUUCGUAGAACAAUUAAUUCAGCAGAUCCUCAAGUAUUUGAUCUAAACAAUGAAUGGUUCAUUCUGAUGGCAAAUGGACCUAUAAAUAAUGGUAAUCCAGGUCAUCAUGAGGUUGACCCAAAAUCAACUGCAUCUAAAGAAAACUUUAUUAACAUCACUAGAGUAACCACUGCUGGACCAACAACCAGUCCUGAGUCAACAAGUCCAUCUACACAAGUAACAACACAUUCUCCAGAUAAGAUAACACUUGAUCCAGAGUGUGGUAAAACUAAAGGAUGUUUCCCAACAUGUUCUGGUUUAUCAUGUUCAUCACUGGUCACAUGGCAAAAAAAUGGAGAUUACGUUCUAUUCGAGAUAGCAGAAGAGAUCUCAUUGACCACCGACAACAGAUGGAUAGCUAUAGGAUUUUCUGGUGAUCAAGAGAUGGGAGCAACUAGUGUAAUUAUGUGUGAACAUAAAACCAGUGGUGAUACCUUUGUAAUGGGAUAUAAUGAUGGCUAUACAUUUAAAACUUUGACUGUGAAUGGGAAAUCUUCUUUGAUAAAGGAUCCAUCAUUAACUGUGACAGGAAAUAUUAUGAGAUGUAGUCUACAACGUGCAAUUAAUUCAACAGAUCCCCAAGUUUAUGACUUAAAUAGUCAGUGGUAUGUUCUGAUGGGUAAUGGACCAAUUACAUCAGGUACACCUGAAAGACAUGAGCAUCCACCAAAAGUCACCUCUUCCAAAGUAAACUUGCAGGGAUUCAGUAAAGAGGAGGGAGGAGUACAGACAUCAGCAGUUAUAAAGAUUCAUGGAUGCCUGAUGAUAAUAGCCUGGAUAUUAUUCUCUAGUAUUGGAAUCAUACUUGCCAGACACUUUAAGAAGCAUUGGUCAGAUUCUUCAUGCAUGAAGCAGAAAAUUUGGUUUCAGAUUCACAGAACAUGCAUGGUAUUGGCAGUACUACUGACCUUAGUAGGCUUUAUACUAAUAUUGGUGCAUACUAAAGGUUAUAGAGAGUUAACAGAAAUAGGAGACAAGAGUUAUGUUAACUAUCAUCCUAUACUUGGAAUAGUUGUUUUUUCACUUGCACUUUUAAAUCCAAUAAUUGCAAUGUUUCGUUGUGCACCAGACCAUGAACACAGACCUUUAUUUAACUGGUUUCAUUCAAUAGUUGGAACAAGUGCACAUAUAGUUGGAGCUAUAACUGUUGGAUUUGGAGUGAAUAUAUCUAAAGCUAAUGUAGAUAGUACUGCAAAUUACAUUUUGAUAGAGUAUGCUAUUGCCUUUGUUGUUAUAGAAUUUUUCCUAGCUCGUCUUUCACAACAACCAAAUACUCCAGAUAAAAACGUUUUCAAUCUUUCUGCUUCAGAAAAGGAAAAACAAAAUGAAAGUGGUGCUAUGAAGUUUGUUUUGUUUCUUCAUGUUAUUGCCAUGACAACAAGCUGUGCUAUGUUGGUUUACCUUGUGCUACAGGCUUAGACUAUAGAUGAUCAAAACUUCUCACGGAUGUCAUAAAUUAGUCUUUCAUUUUCCUGAUUUUAAUCUUUAUGAAACAGUACUUCUAAUGAUUUUGUUUUUCAUUUUUCUGUAUGAUCUUUAUAAAACAGUAGAAAGUGUCUGAUAAUUGUCACAUAAAAGUCUUUCUUAUUUCUGGAUGUGAUAAUUUAGAUGACUGUCAAAUUGAAUGCUUUGUGUUCUUUUUAUAUAUUGGUUAAUCUGCCUAGUCAUAUGAAAUAUUUCUAGACAAACAUAACUAUCUCUUUUGAUAGUUUUGAAUAUAAAGAAUUAAAGAAAAAUACCAUUUUUUUUCAGUUUAUUAACAUAAUUUCUAGCCAUUCACUUAUGGAAUAGCUUUCAUUGAAGAACAAUAUCUUUACACAUUUUUAUCUUAAUUGGUAACUACAUGUAUUUAGUAUUAGGGGCUAAAAUACUAAAAUUUUGUCCUCAUAUAAAUUUAGUCUUUGUAAGAUGUAAUAGUUAUUCAUCAGCUGAAAAUUUAGAAACCAUAUUGUUCAUUGAUUUAAAAUUUAGAAACCAUAUUGUUCAUUGAUUUAAAAUUUAGAAACCAUAUUGUUCAAUGAUUUAAAAUUUAGACACCAUAUUGUUCAUUGAUUUAAAAUUUAGAAACCAUAUUGUUCAAUGAUUUAAAAUUU